AUGCAGGCUUUCCGCCGUAACACCGCCUCUGCCCUUCGCAAUGCUGCUGCCACGCAGCAGCGCGGAUACGCUGCCUCGGCCAGCCCGGUCUACUCCCAGACUGUCCACAACCUUCGCAUAAACGCGGAGACCAAGGUUCUUUUCCAGGGCUUCACCGGAAAACAGGGAACUUUCCAUGCCGAGCAAGCUAUCGCCUAUGGCACCAAGGUGGUUGGUGGAACCAACCCCAAGAAGGCCGGUUCGAUGCACCUUGAUAGACCCGUUUUCGCCAAUGUGCGCGACGCCGUGAAGGAGACUGGCGCUACCGCGUCUGCUAUCUUCGUCCCUCCCCCCUUGGCCGCCAAGGGUAUUGAGGAGGCCAUCGAGGCCGAAGUACCUCUGGCUGUUUGUAUCACCGAGGGUAUCCCUCAGCACGACAUGGUUCGUAUCACGGACAUCCUGAAGACGCAGAACAAGACCCGUCUGGUGGGCCCCAACUGCCCUGGUAUCAUCGCCCCUGGCCAAUGCAAGAUUGGUAUCAUGCCUGGAUUCAUCCACAAGCGUGGCCGUGUCGGCAUUGUUUCCCGGUCCGGCACCCUGACCUACGAGGCCGUCAACCAGACCACCCUGGCUGGUCUUGGACAGUCCCUGGUCGUCGGUAUCGGCGGUGACCCGUUCUCCGGCACCAACUUCAUCGACUGCCUGCGCAUCUUCCUCGAGGACGAGGAGACCGAUGGUAUCAUCAUGAUCGGCGAGAUCGGCGGUAGCGCUGAGGAGGACGCCGCCGAGUUCUUCAAGGCCAACAACAAGCACAACAAGCCGGCCGUUGGCUUCAUCGCCGGCAUUAGCGCCCCUCCGGGCCGCCGUAUGGGUCACGCCGGAGCUAUCGUCAGCGGCGGCAAGGGUGGUGCCGACUCGAAGAUCUCUGCUCUGGAGGCGGCCGGCGUCGUGGUCGAGCGCAGCCCCGCAGCCCUGGGCAAGGCGCUGCUGAACGAAUUCGUCAAGCGGGACCUGGUCUAG